AUGGUGUGGCUUCAUUUCUCAGAGAAAAGCCGUGAAAAGAUACAACCAUCUUCUCUGAUGUGGGUCUGCUCCUCUCCUGCAGGACAAAGAGCUCCUAUGGGGCUUUGUCCUUGGCUGCAGUGUGAUCAUCUUGAUCCUAGAAAAGAGGCCGCUCACGAGGGGAUGAGAUUUCAAUUGCUCCGGGACCGACGCGUCUCCUCACAUGGGCCAGGCCUUCACACUCCCAAAGCAGAUCUUCGGCGGCAAAGACGAUUGACAACCGGCCUCACGACCCAGGCAGAGACGCAGAAAAAGGCUCACCAAAGGCAGGCCGACAUGUGAGAAAUCGCUCUGUGGUGCACAGGGCGCAUUCGGCCAAAGACACACACGCACACGGGCACACACACACAAACCGACAGAGAGAGGGAAAGAAACACACAGAGACCAAGAGACAAAGAGAGAAGAGAGAAUGGGAGUUACACACACACACACUCUCACACACACACACACACACAAACACACACACACACAAAGACACACACAGAUUCAUACAGCAGAGGCAUUGAAAAACACACCCCCAGGCAAACCCUGAGGCUGCGGGGUUCUGCUCUCGGGGAGAAUGACCCUCGGGUGAGAGAGCAGCCACAGAGGGCUCCUGCUCUGCCAAUCCUCAGGGACCGGUUUCUAAGACAACCGUGGGAAGCACUUUGA